UCCAGUUUGCCAAUGUUAAUACAAUUGCUAUGCAUUUUUUGGCUCUCAACUUGUUUCCAGUUUCACUUUCAGUGGCGUCUUUUUGUCAUGUUACCCAAACAAUUAAUCAAAUAUCAAAUCUGUGUGUUGUCAAGCAAAUGUUAACAGUGAAUUGAUUAAUUACACAGUUUCGACUUGCACUGAUUAAGUUUGAAAGGGCAAAAAUCAGUAAAGGAAAGAAACAGUUAAACUAAACUUUACCAAACCAAAAGGAUAAAACAUUAAAAAUAAUCAACCUGCAAAAGCAUCUUUUCCCAAUAGCAAUUAACUUCAACAAUUGAAAACUAACUGAUGAUUGUUAACCAAGUGAUUGUGUCAGUUGAUAUCUUCAAUGUUUUCAUUCUGAUGGACAAAAUUUCAAAUUGAAUAGAUUGAUGGUUGGAACGUUGGCACGUUUGGAGCAUAUAAAUGAUGAUUAAAUGAUUGUAAUGAAAAGUGAAUAAAAUGGAUCCUGAAAAGUCGAGUCAACUUUUUGUAAACACUUCAUUGAAUUAUGUUCACUUUGAUGAAACUCCAGACCUUUAUAAGCACACAGAAAAGAAUCGAAUCUAUUUUUAUGGUUCACCAAAUGACGAGAGUAAAGUUGAAAAUUUGCUCGACUCUAGUGAAACAGUUCUAAACGAUUCAAGCAAAGAGCUGGUAAUUACAAGUCCAACCUGUAACUUAUCAAUAAGUGCUCUCUGUAAAUCUUCAUCCAGUGAAUCGGAUGCAUGCUCAUCAACCCGACUUCUCGAUAAUCAUCAUGAUCACGAUCCAAUUGUUGCCUAUGAAUUGUCCUUUAAAACGGACGAGCAAGACAAGUGCUCAGCCAACUUGCAAAAUCACCAUUUAAUACACUCUUCCCAUCAUCAUCACCUACACCAGUCAACCGUCGCAUCCAUUCAUCCACCUUUAUCAACCAUGAUUGAAAUGUCCCAAAAGUACCAAGCAAGUGAUAUCAACUAUACGAACCUCAAGCCAACAGCGAGUCCAAUAGUGAGCCAAGAAAGUGAAACCUUUUGGAGUAAAAUUCACAGCUCAAUGUCAACCAAGCUUAGACGGUGUUACCUGGAACGUCACCCAUCAUCGCACUCACCUUCCCAUCAACCCUCAUCCACACCUUUUUGCUCUUCAUUGCGCUUCUGUCCAAGUAAACCUCGUCUCUCAACUUUACUCUUGUGUUCCCUUGUUAUCUGUGCCUUUAUCAUCCUACUUGCUGGCCUAUUAACAGUAACAGAGUUUUCACUUUGGAAUAGUUUGAUUGCUUUUCACUCCAAAUCAAAAUUCUCGUUCCAUGGUUCAUCCAGUUCGCAUUCAUCUUUACCUUCAACCUCUUCUUCUUCACCUUCCCUGUCGACCUCUUCACUGAAUGGUCAAACCAUUUGGUGGAGAGAUGCUCUUGUUUACGAAAUUUUUGUUGCCUCUUUUAAAGAUUCAGAUUCCGAUGGAUUUGGUGAUAUCAAAGGUUUACAUGAAAAGUUACCUUACCUUCGCACCUUAGGUGUCAACGUGAUUCGUUUGAAUUCAAUUUUCAGUGCACUUGAUUAUCCAUAUUCCUAUGAGAAUGUAAUCAACUUUACCCGUCUCGAUCCACACCUGGGCCACUUGACCGACUUGACAAACUUGGUUCAAGAUGUUCACUCACAGGGAAUGAAGCUUAUCCUCGAUAUUAACCUAAGUAUAACCAGUGAUCAACAUCCAUGGGUAGCCAAUUGGUUAACCAAUUCAUCGGCCUCCUUCAACUAUCAUUACGUUAACAAAUCAUCAAUUACGGUAACUAAGGAUUCAUCUCGUUAUGGUGAAAAUUGGAUGAGCAAUUCUCAUUCAUCAUCAUCUUCUUCUUCUUCUUCCUUGCACCUUCAUCAUCAUCCUUUUGGUGGUUAUUUUUAUCUUAAUUGGUCACAUCCUUUUGUUCAAUCAAACAUGAUCAGUUGCCUUCAAUUUUGGCUUCAACAUGGUGUUGAUGGUUUCUAUCUGGUAAACCUUGACUCUCUCUAUCUUGAUCCAGAUUACCCUGAAGCAAUAAUAGAUAUUCUUGAUAACAUUCGUUCCCAUGUAACCUCAUUUCGUCCUCAUACCUUUCCAGGUGAAAAAAUACUCGCUGCCAAUAGACAAUCACUUGAUUUAAUCAAUGAACGUUUACGCUCAGCUCGAGCAGAUCAACUGUUAAAUCCUUUUGAUUCCCAUGAAACACUUGAUUUUACAGUUUCAUCAGGUAAACACCGAAAACACGGUAAACCCUUGACACCGUCUUCUUCAUUGACACACUCGUCAAUGGAAAAUGAGAAAAAUGUUUACUCUUAUUUUGAUUGGGUUAAUAUUUUCAUAACAAUUGAGCUCAAUUCAACCGAAAUCAUCCGUGAUCAGGUAAACGGUUACUUUCUUAAUGCACCAAAAAGUCGUCCCUUGGUUCUCUGGUCCAUUGGUACUGCCACCAAAUCACGGCUUGCCACCCGCAUAGGUAAAGAUUAUACUCUGGUAUCAACCUUUCUCCUAGUUAUGCUUCCUGGUUCAAUCAACUUUUUUUACGGCGAUGAGAUUGGCCUAGCAAAUUCAAUUGAUCCGGCCUCAGGAAGGGAAUACAGACAGGGUCAGUUGUGUCCUGUUCCAUGGACCUCGGAAUUGAAUGGAAACUUUUCUGGUGGAAAUUUAACUCAUCCUUGGCUUCCUAUUAAUACCAAUUACCUAUUGAACAACAUUCAACGGGAAAGUGAAACAAUUGAUCGACUUCGUUCUUUAAUUGUUUUCCGUGAACAUCAUUUAAGAUCCGAUUGGACUGAGAAACAGGGAAAUUAUCUGUUCCAUUAUGUUAACCAAGGUUUCAUUGGUUUGGAAAGAUAUUUUACUCGAACUUUGGUUAAUGGAAAUGUUAUUAGACAUCGAUUUGUUUUGUUUGCCAAUAUUGGAACAAUUGGACGAAUCAAAGAUUUUACUGAUAAAUUUCAUUUUGGAACCAUCAAGGUUACUUCAAAUGUAAAACGAAUCCAUGAUUUUCUCUAUUUAAGAUCAUUAAGUCUGGAUCCAGGAGAAGCUUUAAUUGCUGAAAUGGAAUAAAAUUAAUGGCUCAAAUCAUUGAAAAGGAUGAAAUUAUCUAAAUUGUAUUGAAUUUUAAAUUUUGGAAUUGGAUUCAACUGGAAUACAGAAACAGAAACAACGAUCAAGUUAAAGAGGCUUAACUUGUUGAUUUAUUUGAUUAUGUUAAUAUAGCAACUACAAUGUAAAUAAAUAUUGUAAUACACUUUUCAAUUUGACGAUUGUACAUUAAACAAAAAGGUAUAAUCAUACCAUUAUAAUGAUAA